AUGGAUCGAGCACAAGAAUUUAUCAAGAGCUGUCUGUUUACCAAAAGUUUUAUCAAUCCAGAUAAGCCAAUCGAGGAAAACCGACUACGAGAGACACUCCUGGUCUUACCCACAGACGGUGGACUCUCCUCACGACUGAAGCAUAACAGGAGUAAACUGAAACUGACAGCAGAGAAUAUUACCUCGACGAACAACAAAAUCAGACACCCGAAUUACAAGAGUGUGUCUAAGAAUGCUAAAAUUGCAAUGAAAGCGUAUAUCACAGGUCUGAAAAGAGCCGUUCAACGGGCCAAAAAAACCUCUUAUGAGAACGAUAUUACGGAGAAGCAAGAACUGGAAUUAUAUUUGAAGGAAAAUAAUCCGGAACUUUGGAGUCAACUGCCCCACUACGGUGAAUUCGAACCAAUGCAUAAAGACCUGUGGGUUGGGUACAUAAAGGAGCUCUUGGGGCUCCCUGUGGAAACCGCAAUCGAAGAUACGUCCAAGUUAUCCAUCAAUGGGUCUGCCGCCUUAUUGAAACUUUCCAUGGCGGAAUACAACGGGUGUCUCAUCAAAGUCGCCAAAAGCCGGAACAAGAACAUGGUGGGUAUUCGAGGGAUUGUCAUUUGGGACAGUCAGAAACACUUCAUAAUUGUCACACAGGGGAAACUAACGGACGAAGUGAAAUGCAUCCCAAAACAAGGCACAGUGUUCAACUUUCAAAUACCUUUAAACGAUACAGAUGCGUUAGAGUACAGCAUUUUGGGCGACCGAUUCAAGUACAGAAGUAGCGAUCGUGCUGGUAGGAAGUUUAAAAGCAGGAGAUGCGAUGACAUGCUGUAUUACAUAACGGAUUUAUAG